AUGUCGACGGCCCCUCCGAACAAAGAAGGCGACGGUCAUGCCAAGAUCGAAGUACCCCAGGGUCAUCAUCAGACCCACAACGAAGAGGAUGAGCCUGCGAGUCCUGGGAUGAAGAAUAGCAAAGGAUGGGAUGGGAAGCUACGCGUUCCCAAGUCGGCCGUCCUGGCGAACCCCGAAGCCCUGACAGAUGAGGAGUAUUCGGAUAACGAGAAUGUUUUGGAGGGCGAGAAGAUUGCGGCUGAUGAGGACCUCCUAGGCGACGAAAAAUCCGAUACGGAAGAAAUCAUGUGUACGCACUCCCGCGUUAGCUCCAUCGCCUCACUACACCUAGAGCGCUUCCGAAAGGUGGUACGCAUAUGUCUCCGUCAAAACAGCAUACAAAAGAUGAACGGGCUAGAGGGGGUUUCGCCGACGACGCUCAAGGACCUAGACCUGUACGACAACCUGAUAUCGCACGUGCGCGGUCUCGACACCCUGACGGCCCUGCGCAGCCUGGACCUGAGCUUCAACAAGAUCAAGCACAUCAAGAACAUCAACCACCUCACCGAGCUGCGCGACCUGUUCCUGGUGGCCAACAAGAUCAGCACCAUCGAGGGGCUGGAGGGCCUCGUCAACCUCAAGUCCCUAGAGCUCGGGUCCAACCGGAUUCGCGAUCUGCAGAACCUAGACAGCCUCUCCAACCUCGAGGAGCUAUGGGUGGCCAAGAACAAGAUCACCAGUCUGAAGGGGCUGUCGGGACUGCCUAAGCUGCGCCUCCUGAGUAUCCAGUCGAACCGCAUCUCUGAUCUGUCUCCCCUAGCCGAGGUUCCCUCCCUCGAGGAGCUGUACAUCUCGCACAACAUGCUCGAGUCUCUUGAGGGGAUCGAGUCCAACGCCAAACUGACAGUCAUUGACAUCUCCAACAACAAGGUUUCUAGUCUUCGUGGGCUGGGUCCCCUGACCGAGCUUCAGGAGCUCUGGGCUAGCUAUAACAUUGUCGCCGACUUUGCGGACGUCGAGCGCGAACUCAAGGAUAAGGAGCACCUGACCACCGUGUACUUUGAGGGUAACCUCCUGCAGCUGCGUGCUCCGGCACUCUACAGGAACAAGGUCCGUUUGGCAUUGCCGCAACUCAGCCAGAUUGAUGCCACUUUUGUAAAGGUGUAG